AUGGCUGCUGAAGGAGAGAAUUCAUGGAAGUUUGCACAGUGCUUCGGCGACAAGGGCGAGGUCGAGGAUAUCACCGAAGCUGACAUCAUUUCGACGGUGGAAUUCGACCACACUGGAGACUAUCUCGCCACAGGAGACAAGGGCGGUCGUGUCGUAUUGUUCGAGCGAAAUGAAAGCAAAAAAGGAUGCGAGUACAAGUUCCACACCGAGUUCCAGUCGCAUGAGCCCGAGUUCGACUACCUGAAGAGUUUGGAGAUCGAGGAGAAGAUCAACAAGAUCAAGUGGUGCCGGCGUCAGAACUCGGCGCACUUUUUGCUCUCGACGAACGACAAGACCGUCAAGCUGUGGAAGGUGUUUGAGAAAUCCAUCAAGGUUGUCUCUGAGAACAACCAUGGAGAUGGACAGCAUGCUCCCGUUCCUGGUACACCCCUCAGGCUGCCAAAGUUGACCCACCACGAUACUAUUGUCGCCGCUGUGCCACGCAAAGUCUAUGCCAACGCCCAUGCCUACCACAUCAACUCGAUCUCGGUCAACUCGGACGGCGAGACCUACAUCUCAGCAGAUGACCUGCGCAUCAACCUCUGGAACCUCAACAUCAGCGACCAAAGCUUCAACAUUGUGGAUAUCAAGCCAGUGAACAUGGAGGAGCUCACGGAGGUCAUUACCGCUGCCGAAUUCCACCCUGUCCACUGCAACCUGUUCAUGUACAGCAGCAGCAAAGGAACUAUCAAACUCAGCGACAUGCGAGAGUCGGCCCUCUGCGACCAGCAUGCCAAGCUGUUUGAGGAAGAAGAGGAUCCAAGCAACAAGUCAUUCUUCUCGGAGAUCAUCUCUUCGAUCUCGGAUGUCAAGUUCAGCAAGGAUGGACGAUACAUCCUCUCACGCGACUACCUUACACUGAAGGUCUGGGAUAUCAACAUGGAGAGCCGACCUGUCCAGACCAUCAACAUCCACGAUCACCUUCGCAACAAGCUGUGUGACCUCUACGAAAACGAUUGCAUCUUUGACAAGUUUGAGUGCACCUUCAGUGGCGACGGAAACAAUGUGUUGACGGGAUCAUACAACAACAACUUUCACAUCUACGACCGCGACGGCAAGAACGAUGUGACACUGCAGGCGGACAAGUCUGCAUUCAAGGCCAAGCGUGUGGGAUCGGCCAGAAACAAGAUGAUGCCCCGCGUCAACAACAAGAGCGGCAAGAACGAUAUCAAUGUCGAGUCGAUCGACUUCACCAAGAAGAUCCUCCACGCUUCUUGGCACCCGAGAGAGAACUCUAUCGCCGUGGCUGCCACCAACAACCUCUUCAUCUUCACCGAGCUGUAA